AUGAUCAACCAGGCGCUAAGGUAUCUUCAAUCGCUCAGACACCUCGUCUCCAACUUCUCCUUCAACAAGAGACUCAUCAAUCUCAACGUGUUUAUAUUCGUCCUCAUACUCAUCAUCAUAGCCCAAUCUUUAUAUUCUUAUGUUUACUCAACAAACUAUGAUUCCAUAUUGACAAAAUAUGAACCAAAAACUUUCAACAACUUCCCAUUUGAGAAAAAAUGUAACUUGUAUUUUGAUCAUUUGCACAAGUCAAACCAUGAUUGGAUAUUAAACAACUUUGAUACUAAAGGCUAUGAUGAUAAUUACAUUACUUUCCAAGAUUUCCUUGAAUUCAAAAAAACUGCUGAAAAAAAUAUGGUUUUCGAUGAAGCUAAAAUCUUGGAAUUAGAAAAAGAAUUUAAUGAAAGAUCAUUUGACAGUAUUAAAGUUGAUCAAAGAAUUAUUGACGCUGUUACCACUUUAAGAAUCUUUGGUAAAUGUUUCAUUGAAGUUGAUGAUUCUAAGAAACCGGGUUUCAUCUCUUCAAUUUUUGAAGAUAAUAAAAAACAAGGCGAAGAUGAAAAAGAAGCUGAAAAGCAAAACAAACUUCAACAGGAUUUAUGCCAUGAUACUGAAGCUAGAAUUUUCCCAUGGUUAUCAAAUAUCUUACCAACUUAUACUAGAUGGAAUGGUGAAGUUUCACAAGGUUUACCAGAUUUGUCAAAUACUCAAUCUAACUACGAUGAUAAUGAAGAAUUCCAUUCACAUGGUAAAGCUCAUGAUAAAAGAGAAAAUGUCAGAACUAAUUGCUUUUUAAAGAGUUUUAAAAACGCAAUGAAUGGUAAAGGUAUUGUUAUUUCUGCUUCUGAUGGCCAAAAGGAUGAAUUGAUGAGAUUAGCUUUAAUAUUAAGAGCAACUGAUAAUAAGUUACCAAUCCAAGUCAUGCAUAAAGGUGAUUUAUCUGAAAAGAAUCAAAAAGAAUUAAUCCAUCAGUUCAGAAGACCAAUCAAAUUGGAAAACUUACCUUUAUCUUUUGAAAGAUUAGCAUUACAUCAAGCUCCAAAAUUUCCUCCACAAGAUUUAUGGUUUGUCAAUGUUGAAAAUUCAAUCAAUAAAGAUUACAAACAGUAUUUCAAAAAAUAUGCAAACAAAUUAUUAGCUUAUCUUUUCAAUUCAUUUGAAGACAUGAUUUUAAUUGAUACAGAUACUGUUCCAUUUGUUGAAUUGGAAUCAAUCUUAAAAUUCCCAGGAUUUGUGGAAAAAGGUGCUUUCUUCUUCAAAGAUCGUGAAUUAAGAGGUUCAAAUACUCAAAAUCAAGUGAAUUAUUUCAAUAGAUUAUUUCCUUCAAAAUUAGAUAAUUUUUUCUUCCAAAUCCCAUUAGUUACUGAUUUCACUUUGAAAAAUAGAUUUAUUGGUGAUUUAAGAAAUCAUUACAUGGAAAGUGGUGUUGUUGCUAUCAAAAGAACUACCCAUUUCACUGGUAUGUUGUCUGCUGUACAAUUAAACUUUUGGUCAAUCACUGCUAGAAAAAUUCAUGGUGAUAAAGAAUUAUUCUGGUUAGGUCAAUCAAUUGCAGGUAAUGAAAACUAUGAAUUUAAUAGAUUAGGUGCAGCUUCAGUUGGUGAAUUAACUCCACGCGAGAAUAAAUUGUUUCCAGAUUCUUUAGCAAAUGAAUUAUGUGGUAAUCAUCCAGGUCAUGUUAAUGGGUAUGAUAACCAAACUUUAUUAUGGAUCAAUUCAGGUUUCACAUUUUGUAAAAACACUGAUGCUGCAGGUUUUGACGCUGGUAAACCUUUAUUCAAACAAUAUGAUGGUGAUUCAUUAAGAGAACAUUAUAAAGCUGUUACCAAGAUUAGAUCUGCAAUUAUUCCACCACCUCAAGAAAUUGAAGGUAAAAAUGACAAAGGGAAUCCAACUUUAAGUUGGAGUGAUGCUCAUAAAUAUUGUUUCAGUUAUACUUGGUGUGCUUAUGAUGGAGUUGGUGAAAUGUCUAAUGAUAUAGAGAGAGGUUUCUUGGUUAAUUUUGAUGACCAACAGGUGAAGACAUUUGAUUUCUUUGGUGAUUUAUGGAUGAAGGGUGUAAGAGAGGAUUGA